AUGUAUUCAAGUGACACAAUUCGGUCGUUACCUGGAGCCAGUGGAGGUCGAGUGCUAAAAAUGGUCACCGAGAUGGGUUCAGCAUCUAUUGGCGGUAUUAGUCCAGCGUUGAGUGCAAAUGCCGCAAAAUCAUUCCUUGAAGCAACCGAUAAAGAAAAAAAGGAAAUGCAAGGACUAAAUGACAGGCUUGGAAAUUAUAUUGAUCGGGUGAAAAAACUGGAGGAACAGAAUAGAAAACUGGUUGCUGAUCUCGAAGAGUUGCGUGGUCGAUGGGGAAAAGAUACCAGUGAAAUCAAGAUACAGUACUCAGACUCAUUACGUGAUGCUCGCAAAGAGAUUGAUGAUGGUGCAAGACGGAAGGCUGAAAUUGAUGUCAAAGUAGCACGGCUCAGAGAUGACCUUGCGGAAAUUCGUAGCCGCUAUGAAGACGUCCAGCAUCGUCGUGAGAACGAUCGCGAAAAGAUUAACCAGUGGCAACAUGCAAUUGAUGACGCUCAAAGUGAACUGGAAAUGCUCCGAGCUCGUUGGCGUCAGCUGACAGAUGAAGAGAAACGGUUAAACGGUGAUAAUGCUCGCAUAUGGGAGGAACUUCAAAAAGCUCGUAAUGAUCUGGAUGAAGAAACCUUAGGACGAAUUGAUUUCCAAAAUCAAGUACAAACGCUAAUGGAAGAAUUGGAAUUUUUGAGACGUGUACAUGAGCAGGAGGUUAAGGAGCUGCAAGCUCUAUUAGCUCAAGCUCCAGCUGAUACUCGUGAAUUCUUUAAAAAUGAACUCGCUUUAGCUAUUCGUGAUAUUAAGGAUGAAUAUGAUUACAUUGCUAAACAAGGAAAGCAAGAUAUGGAAAGCUGGUAUAAAUUGAAGGUGUCAGAGGUGCAAGGCACUGCAAAUCGUGCCAACAUUGAAGCAAAUUAUCAACGUGAAGAGGUGAAACGAAUGCGCGAUAAUAUUGGUGAUCUUCGUGGUAAACUCGGUGACCUUGAAGCCAAAAAUGCGUUGCUUGAAAAGGAAGUACAAAGCUUGAAUAAUCAGCUCAAUGACGAUCAGAGACAGUACGAAGCAGCUUUAAACGAUCGCGAUGCAACUCUUCGUCGUAUGCGCGAGGAAUGCCAAACAUUGGUGGCUGAAUUACAAGCACUGCUUGAUACCAAGCAAAUGCUAGAUGCUGAAAUUGCUAUUUAUCGGAAGAUGCUAGAGGGUGAGGAGAGUCGUGUUGGUCUCCGUCAAAUGGUUGAACAAGUGGUGAAGACACAUUCAUUACAGCAGCAAGAAGAUACGGAUUCGACACGUAGCGUACGUGGUGAAGUUUCUACUAAGACAACAUUCCAACGCUCAGCUAAAGGGAAUGUUACUAUUGCUGAAUGUGAUCCAAACGGAAAAUUCAUCAUGCUUGAGAACAGUCACAGAAGCAAGGAUGAAAAUCUUGGUGAGCAUAAACUCCGAAGGAAACUUGACAAUCGCCGAGAAAUUGUUUACAUUAUUCCACCGAAUACAGUUUUGAAAGCUGGACGUACAAUGAAGAUUUGGGCACGUGAUCAAGGAGGUAUACACAGUCCACCGGAAUCGUUGGUGUACGAUGGCGAAAAUACGUGGGGUAUUGGUGCAAACGUUGUUACGACUCUGAUCAACAAAGAUGGUGACGAACGUGCAACGCAUACGCAGAAAACAAUACAAACAGGACAAUAA